AUGAGCGACAAGAUCCCUUCGUGGAAUGUCGUCCACAAGCUGGAGAAGCGGAGCCUGCUCAUCGCAAUUAAUUGUGUCGCGGCGCUCUCAAUUCUCUUCUUCGGUUAUGAUCAGGGAAUGAUGUCCGGCGUCAACAAUGCCAGUGACUAUAUCAGCUUGAUGAAAUUUGGGUAUACAAAAGAUGUGGACGGCGAGCCGACUCCCGUCGUCACGAAUUCACUGCUGCAGGGUGGCAUCGUAGCCGUCUAUUAUCUGGGUACACUCGUGGGGGGAAUCAAGUCUAUUGCGGUCGGUGCGGCUUGGGCUAUUGUCGGUGCGGCUCUGCAGUGCUCUGCGCAGAAUCACGACUGGAUGAUUUGUGCUCGGUUCGUCAAUGGGAUCGGAACUGGUAUUUUAAAUGCCAUUGUUCCCGUAUGGGCCACCGAGACAGCUGAGCAUACUUCGCGUGGACAAUUUAUCGCGAUCGAGUUCACGUUGAAUAUCUUCGGUGUCGUCUUGGCCUACUGGCUUGAGUUCGGCUUGUCGUUCAUCGAUGGUGGAAAGUCCGCCUUCCGCUGGAGAUUCCCCAUCGCCUUCCAGAUCAUCUUCCUCUUGGUGCUUUUCGGGGCUGUUUGGUUCUUCCCUGAAUCUCCUCGUUGGUUGGUGAAGGUUGGUCGCGAGGAAGAGGCGCGCUAUAUUUUGCAGCGUCUGCGCGGUAGCAGCCCCGAGGAUCGGGUGCGGGCAGAGGCUGAGUUCCAGGAUAUCCUGAGUAUCGCUGAGAUGGAGAAGACGGUUGUCCACGGUGAUUCGUAUCUGUCAAUGUUGUUCGGUUACAAGUCUGGAGACUUGCACAUUGGCCGUCGCGUGCAACUAGUCAUCUGGUUGCAAAUCAUGCAAGAAUGGGUUGGCAUCGCAGGUGUGACGGUCUACGCGCCGACCAUUUUCAGUAUUGCUGGGUUUGAUGCAACCAAGAGCCAGUGGAUCAGUGGCCUGAACAACGUGUUCUACAUGUUUGCCACGCUCGUUUGUGUCUUUACUUUAGAUCGCAUCGGUCGCCGAUGGACCCUGUACUGGGGCUCAGUUGUCCAGGGCAUUGCCAUGUUCCUUGCCGGCGGCUUCUCGCGUCUCGCCAUCAAUGCCAAGGCAGCUGGCAACAUGAGCUCAGCGUCUUCGUAUGGUGCUGCCGCCGCCUCCAUGAUCUUCAUCUUCACCUCGACCUUUGGUGCCACCUGGCUGACAGUGCCUUGGGUAUACCCUGCCGAGAUCUUCCCACUAGCCGUCCGCGCCCGUGGCAAUGCUUGGGGUGUGGUUGGCUGGAGUAUCGGUAACGGAUGGCUGACUCUUUUGUGCCCCGUCAUGUUCAACGCAAUUGGCGAGAAGACUCUCUAUGUCUUUGCUGCGAGCAAUGUGAUCACGAUUCCUAUGGUCUGGGCUCUUUACCCGGAGAGUAAUCAACGCACUCUGGAGGACAUGGACCUCUUGUUUGCGGCGCCUACCCCUUGGACAUGGGAUGCGGAGAAAAACUUCGCCCGACUGAAGGCUGAGAAUCCGGGGAUGGUUCAGAGCCUCAGUCGGAUGGGAAGUGUGAUGGAUCCCGAGACUGGUAAGAUGUCGGUGGACGCUGCCAAGUAUGGGACAGCCACUGCUGCUGAGCAUGUGGAUUACCCCUGA